UUUCUAAAUGCACUUCCUGAAACAAUAUGGCGGUGAUUUGAAGCUAAGCGCCGUGUUUUCUGCAGUAUCUGGUCUAAAUAUUUUUGUUUUAAAGAGGGCUCAAUGGCAUACGCCAUGCGUAACUUAAAAAUAAGUAGUUGCAGUAACGCAUGUUAGCAAACCUGCGUGCACAUCAGAGAAGACGAGCUAAAGUAUGCCGAAUGCUAGCACGCGGCCCAAGCGGGUGAGGCGGAGCCGGCGGGCUCCCAGGGAAGACCCGGCCAGGAACGAGCUGGUCUCCAGGUCCCUGGAGAGCGCGCAGCAGUGUCUGUUCAACCAGGACUACGGGACCGCGUUCGUGCACUACCUCCUCGCCCUCAACCUCGCCCCUGUGCUCAAGGACUUCGCCAGGGAGUCCUUCAGAUUCACACUGUUCAAAUGGGCGGAGGAGCUGGACUCUCUGGGCCGGGUGCAGGAUCUCUUCGACUGCUACGAGCAGGCCCUGGAGCUGUUCCCCGUGGAUGAGGUCAUAGUGAACAGCAUGGGGGAACACCUGUUCAGAAUGGGCUUCAGAGAUGAAGCUGCAGGGCACUUCCACAAAGCGCUGAAGCUCAAACCGGACUUUCCUGAAGCCAAGGAGAACUUCUACCGGGUGGCCAACUGGCUGGUGGAGCGCUGGCACUUCCUGAUGCUGAACGACCACCAGCGCAACAGGAAGUACCAGCAGGCCAUUCAGAAGGCCGUGCGUUCCGGCUGCGCCACCGUGCUGGACAUCGGCACCGGCACGGGAAUCCUCAGCAUGUGUGCUAAGCAGGCUGGAGCCGCUGAAGUGUACGCCUGUGAGCUCUCCAAGACCAUGUACGAGCUGGCCUGUGAGGUGAUCUCAGCCAACGGGAUGAAGGACGACAUCAAGGUCGUCCACAUGAAGUCUGUGGAAAUGGAAGUGCCCAGAGAUCUCCCUCAGAGGGUCUCGCUGGUGGUGACCGAGACGGUGGACGCAGGCCUGUUCGGGGAAGGCAUCAUCGAGAGUCUCAUCCAUGCCUGGCACAACCUUCUACUGCCCCCUCAGAGUUCAGGGGACCCGUCCUGCAGCGCCGCAGAGAUGGGGCGGGUUAUCCCCGCAGGGGCCACCGUCUUCGGGAUGGCGGUGGAGUGCCAGGAAAUACGCCGGCACCACCGGUUGUGUGUGUCGGAGGCUGGUGACCUCUCCUUGUCAGCGGCGGGAAGGCUCCACAGCCCUGUCAGCUGUUCUCCGGAUGCUGAUGACUCCUCGGAGCCCUACACCACAGAGCGACUGAGCAGGCUGCCUGGGGGGUACUCAGCCCUCACUCAGCCAUUUCAGGCCCUGGACAUCGACUUCAACAACGUGCAGGAGCUGGAGGGGCUGUGUACCCGGGAGGUUACCCGCUUCAGGCUGCCCGUGACUCAGGAGGGCGUUCUGGACGCCCUGGCCGUGUGGUUCCAGCUGCACCUGGAUGAAGAAUACAGCCUGUCGACUGGGCCCCAGGAAGACACCUGCUGGGAGCAGGCCGUCUACCCCAUCCAGACCCGCACCAACUUCUCGGUGAAGCCGGGGGACGAGCUGACGGUGGAGGUGUCUUGCGAGGACGCGUACCUGCGCGUGCGGACCGUCGCCGUGGUGAGGGACGGCCAGGCGUUCAGCCUGGACUCGGAGUCUGAGUCGGACUCGGACCCGGGGUCGGCGGGCGGCCCCGCGUCGGCGGCGGCGGCGGAAGCGGAGGCGCAGCUGUGCAGCGCUCUCUCCUCCCUGCAGACGGACUCGCUCCGGGACCACAGCUGCGUGCUGGAGUGCGCCGAGAUCGCCCUCCUCAACAACACGCACUACCACCGGAGCUUCAACCGGGCCCUGGACAAGCUGCUGGCGGCGCUCGGGCCCGGCUCCGGGCCGCCGGGCCCCGCCCCCCGCGACCCGCUCUACGUGCUGGACGUCUCGGAGGGCUUCUCGGCGCUGCCGCUGAUGGCUGCCAGGCGGGGCCGCGUGCGGGCCUACAGCUCGGUGGAGAAGGAGCAGCACCAGGCUGUGCUCCGGCUGCUGGCGCAGGCCAACGGCGUCCAGCAGGAGGCGCUGGAGUUCUGGCUCAACCACGUGGAGGACGACUCGACCGUGCUGCAGAGGCCCGACGCCGAGAAGCUGUGGAGCGCCAUCAUCCUGGACUGCGUGGAGACCUGCGGGCUCAUCCGGCAGAAGCUUCUGGAGAAGGCCACUCUGGCCAGGUGCUUGCUGGAGGACGGCGGGCGCAUAUUCCCGCAGCGCAUCGUGGUGUACGGGCUGCUGGUGGAGUCGGACACCCUGCUGUCAGAGAGCGCCGUCCAGGGCAGGGAGCCCACGCUGGGUUUCAACAUCGCGCCCUUCAUCAACCAGUUCACAGUGCCGGUCCACGUGUUUCUGGACCUGUCCACUCUGCAGUGUAAACACCUCAGCCAGCCAGUGGAGCUGCUGACCCUGGACCUCAUGACCUCCAACGAGAAUUCCACUCACCGACAGGUGGAAGUGCAGGUGACCUCCGCAGGCCGGCUCACCGCCAUCCCGUUCUGGUACCAGGUGCACCUGGACGAAGCCAUCAGCGUCAGCACCUUCACCCAGGACUCCCACUGGAAGCAGGCGGCCGUGGUGCUGCAGCACCCCCUGGAGGUGACCGCCGGAGAGACGCUCGUCCUCGGCGUCCACCUCCACAAGAGCAGCAUCUCCAUCACCGCCUUCAGGGAGGGGCACGGGGAAGGGGAGGGGCCUGCCGCCAUGGACUCUGCCAGCUCCGCCCACUCCCUGGCUUGAACCUCUCGGCCUCCUGUGCCUGGGAGGGGCUGAACUCGAGGCGUGCGCUCGACCGAAUCGUCACGUGUUGUCUGUCUACGCAGCUGGCGCUGUAAAACGUUGUUUAUAAUUGUGGGUGCUGUUGCCAAAAUGCUUUUUUUUCUGUCAGAUAUGUACUAGCCUUCAUGCAAAUGAAGAAUUUUAAAAGAAUCUAUACAGAGAAUCCAUAUUAGUUUUUGACAUGCCCAUUCAGGAACUCUUACAUUUGCGCAGUAUUGACUGCUAGUUAGUGAAAAGUAUUAUCGGGCAUGGAUUCAUGUAUUUAAGCGUAAUUCCAGUGAAGUAUUUUACUCUUCAGUAUUUUGAUCUAUCAGAAUUGUGAGUGUACAUCCAAGGCAAUGCUGCACGCCAUUUUACAGGACAUUCUGCAGAUUAGUGGUCUGAUGUGCACUGCUGUUCACAUUAUAUGGAUGCAUGUAUAUUGAGUUUAUUUCUGCUCUGUUACAUCCAUUAAAUAUACUUGGAAAAACAA